AAAUUCAGUCAAUAUUUAAAACGCUACUUCUUGUAACUCCGAGUCAACGUUCCAGUGAGUUUCACACUGUAAUGUUUUGUAAUCAAUGUCAAACAGCACUAUUGGCGCGCUGCCAGCAAUAGUCCCGAAAUAGUUUACGCCGGCGUGAUGAUAUUUUCCGUUUACUCCACUCCCUGUUUUAUUUGACAUAGCAAUAUAUUAUGGACCGACACCACCCACUUAACGCGAGUUUCCACGGCUCCAUGAGGAGCAGGGAUUCCUCAUCAACAGUUGGCAGUGAUGCAAGAGAGAAGAUAAAAGACUGUUUCAGAAAAUUCAUAGCUUUUAUGUUUACACAAGUGGGUGUCGGCGCCCUUGUUGUUUGCUACGCGAUCCUAGGCGCGGCGGGCUUCAUGCACAUUGAGAAAGAUAGCCCCGAUGUGCAGCUACAUGAAGUGAGGCAACUCCGGCAGAACUGUGCGGAGGCACUGUGGAACAUCACUAUCACAGACAACUUGUUCAAUGAAACUGCCUGGGUGAUUAAAGUGGAUGAAGUACUCAAAGUGUUCCAAAAUAACAUCACAGCUGCCAUUCACACCGGCUACAAUGGCAGGUCGGCCGAGGACAUCUGGUCAUUCCCAGCAGCUCUCAUGUAUUCCCUCUCAGUGUUCACUAUGAUUGGAUAUGGGAAUAUUGUACCCAAGACAGUGUGGGGCAAGAUUGUGACUAUAGCAUAUGCUUGUUUUGGUAUACCAAUAUAUGUUUUGUAUUUCUGUAAUAUGGGCAAGGUGUUGGCUCAGUCAUUCAAGUGGUUGUACAUAACUGCCCAUGAGUGUAGCAGGAGAGAUGACACAUUGUUUGAAGAUGGAGAAAUGCAACCAGUAAAGCGGAAGAUUACAGUACCAUCAACAGCCUGUUUGUGGGUCAUAUCUUUCUACAUAGUCACUGGGACGAUAAUGUUUGGAGCAUGGGAGAAAUGGAACUACCUGGAUUCCACAUACUUCUGUGUGAUAAGUUUGUGCAAGAUUGGUUUCGGUGACUUUGUGCCAGGUGCUAAUAUAGCUGACUCUGCGGGUGGCUCUCAUUUGAAGCUGGUCAUCAACUUCAUUUAUGUACUCCUGGGCAUGGGUCUAGUGGCCAUGUGCUACAACCUCAUGUGUGAAGAUGUCAGAGUGAAGGUCAGGGAGUUACGCGAGGACCUGAAGAACUGUCUGGAUGAUAUCACUCUGAAGAUCACUGUGUGCAUGAAUGACACUAAAUAUUAUCACCAGAAAAACAGUCGGAAUGUGAAGUGACCAUAGUGUACUAAUAUUAUAAUUUAUUUAAGGAAACAUUAUGAAAUCUAAGUCUAUAGUUAUGUUGUAUGAUUUAUUUAAUAAAUGCAUUUAGUUACUA